AUGCAUAUUCACGCUGAGCUGACGCGGGAAAACUUACCGUUCCAAGUUGCUCAACGCGUUGCUCGUGAGCUCCAAGCGCUCGUAUUUCACCCCUUGGAUGGUAUCCGGUACCUCCCUCAGGAAAAAGAGCAACUGAAUGAGAUUCAUGCCGAACUUCGUGGACCAGAAGACACUCCCUACGAAGGCGGCUACUUCUCGGUGAAGCUGACAAUCACUGAGCAAUUUCCAGCGCACCCGCCGCGUGGGGUUUUCCUGACCAAGAUCUUCCAUCCCAAUGUGUCGCAGCCGGCAGGAGAGAUUUGCGUGAAUACACUAAAAAAGGAUUGGCAGCCGAUGCUCGGACUCGCCCAUGUGCUGCAAGUGGUGCGCUGUCUGCUCAUUGUCCCGUUUCCCGAGUCCUCUUUGAACGAUGAGGCUGGCAAGCUGUUUCUAGAGAGUUAUGACGAGUACGCACGACGUGCAAAGCUAUGGACGAGUAUCCAUGCCCCGAAACGGUCGGCGCUAACGAACGGAGACACUGAAGAAACGAGUGGCAAAGACGAGAAAAACAAGUGCCGUGGUGGCAGCAACAGUAUGGAUAACCAACACAAACGGUCUGCUGACGGCGCUGCACAUUCGAAUGUCGGUUCGGAUGUAGUGGUGUCAACGCCACUGAAAAAGACGAAAAAGUCUGACAGCGACGUCGAGGCCUCUCUGAAGAAAAAGAAGGCCAACAAGAAGAAAGCGCUCAGACGACUGUGA